UUAUCACAUUCAAUAUAAUAUUUGUCUUUUUACGUGUUGUUUGGCGUAGAUUGGCGUGUAUACUUGCUGGGUUGAUAAAGAUUUUGAAAAUGUCCGUCCACAACAACUGAGACGCAUUCCUCGUAGUGUAUAACUGUUUUAUGCUUCGCCCACUCUUUGGCAGUCCCAGCCUCUGCUCCUCUCUCAUGUUCACACUGGUACUACUGUUCACAAACACAAGGGGACUUACAAUGCUCAGCUGGCUCACUUGAGGAUAACACUCAAAACUUCGCCUUGUAUUAUGCUGCUUGUCUUCAUCUACACGAUAGCGUAAAAACCCUUGGGCCAAAUAAUGAUGGGCAUCCUUAAGAGGAAGUUUUCUGAGCUGGAUGAAGGCCCCUGCUACUCCUCUUUCUCAUCUCCUGUGUCCUCCAUCCCGUCCCCUGCCUCCUCUGGAUGGGACUCAGACCUCGACAGUACCCCUCAUAGACCCCCUUCACCUGCUGCUUUGCCCCCGAGAUCUAUCCUGAAGAGACCAAAGUUUGCAGAUGCCCAGAACAGUGUGUGUUUCGCUCAGGUAACUGUGUAUAGUUUUCCCCGCUGCCAGGGAUUCACCAGCGUCCCCAGUCGUGGAGGUGCCACUCUGGGCAUGACAAGGAGACACAGUGAAGUUCAAACAUUUACAAUCGCCGAACAUGCUGUGGAGCAACGACACAGGCGCCGGGAGCAACUUCGAGAGCGUCGAAGGCAGGAGAGGUUUCGGGAAGUCAGACAAAAAUUGAUCUCCAGUGGGGCCAUAAAUGAAACAGAAGCUGAGACUCUCACAAUAGACCAAGUACCAAUUGAGGAAUCCCACAUCAACAUUAACAGUGUUGAGUUGGAGGGUGGAGGCUUUCUUCAGCCGUACUCUUCAAAGCAGAGGCAGGCGAUCCUCUUGACUGCAGGGGUGAAGCGCAUUGACAAGGAGGAGAAGAGGCAGCUCCAUGCGCUCCGUCUCUCCAGGGAGAUCUGCGGGUGUGACUGCCAAGGCUUCUGCGAACCAGAGAGCUGUGCAUGCAGCCUGGCAGGCAUCAAGUGUCAGGUGGACCGCUUUAACUUCCCAUGUGGGUGUAGUCAGGAUGGUUGUGGGAACACCCAGGGUCGAGUGGAGUUUGACUCCAGACGUGUACGCACUCAUCACUUCCACACCAUCAUGAGACUGGAGCUCGAGCGGAGACUAAAACACGAGACUCACGCAUUUUCAAAGGACCAAACUAAAGUUCAGCCAUCACAGAAUAUACAGGACAACGGUUGCCCCUCAGGGUUUUCUUUUGAGGAAGACAAUGAUAAUCCUCUCAGUAUACCUACUGUGAGUCCCUUUAGUUUAUUACCAGAGCAGCCUGUGGUGGAGGAGAACAGCUGCAGUAGUGACAUGACUGUCUCUUCCUGCUCUUCUUUGGAUGCUGUGAGCUUGACUGGACACUUAGCUCUUUCUGAAAACAACAUGGGAUCAUCUCAUAAUUUAAAUAUUUGUGACAAUAAGAACUCAUCAAUUAGAAAUACCAAUGAACCAUUGAGCCAAAGUAACAACACAUAUAGUGAUGUUGUAGGACCUCUUUGUUCAAAUGACAAUACAUUCAUAGACAUUCUAAGUUUGUCCCCUCAAUCCAAUUGUCUGGAUGAAAACUCCCUUGAAGACUUUCCUAACACUCCCUCGCCCUCUGGGGACUACUACAUGGAUCUGAGCCUUUCUUCUGAUUCGGACCUUGAGUUUUUUGACAGUGAUUACACAUCUGGGCUACCACACAGCUGCUUUAAGAGUCAGCGGCACUCAGACAGCCUGGACAACCUUCAGUUAUUCAGCUCUGACUCUCUUCCACAGGAUGAAUCCAGCACCUACCUCUUGGAGUCUCUGAUAGGUCUUACAGACUGAAUACUUUGUCAUUAAAGUUACCAAAUAUGUAGCCAGGCCAGCCAAAACUCCAUGCUUUUCAUUUUCUAAUAGCCUUAGCAAUUGACAGGUGGAUUAGGUAAUCAGAGAAACGCAGGAAUUAUCUGUAUCAACAAACAUGUUUUAAGUUUGGAUUUACCAGGUUACCUAAAGUUUAUAGAUGUGUAUGAGCUGUGAGCUGACAUCUGUAUUUCUAUGUAAAGACAAAUGAUUUGCCUAAAUAUUUUAUGAGCUGUAUAUUUUAUGUUGCCUUAUAUGCCUUAUACUGAAAAUACAACUGUCUAAUAUAUGUUUUUCAUAAAAGAAUGAUGAUAACGUCUGCCAUAGGCCUAAAAAUGGGUCUAAAACUGUAAAUAUUUAUUAACAUAAAGAAUUGUGAAAAUGUUUAUUUAGUAAAAAAUAUGUUGGUGUUUUUCAUCAUAUUAUUCAACAAUUAUUGUAAAAUAAUAUUUGUUUUGCCAUAGGAUCACCAGCCAAGAUAUUUCAUGAGCAGAUUUUUAGCAGAAAUAUCAAUCUCAAAACAGCUGAUGAAUUUCUCUAAUAAACAUAUUUAUUUAUUUAAAA